CAUUAUUUAUAGAUUUAUAAUUCUAACUUGUGUUGGUGUUGUAUAUGGUUAACCUGGUAUGUAGUUAAAUAUAGUUAUCCAACGAUCUUGUUUAAAAUUGGAAAAAAAACGUUCUAAAAAAAGUCCUAACUCUGUGUCCGUUUGCUGGUGCCAGAAAUAAUAUUGUUAUUUCUAUUAUUUUGGUCUUGACAUAUUUCUAAUGAUAAAAAUGCGAUGUUCAGGUCUUAUUUUUAGUCAUCAUCAUCAAUCUGCUUGUCUAUGUCUGCUUUACUGUUUGUUUUAAUGCAUCCAUGUCGCUGCUUAUCUUACUGUAUGUCUGCUGUGAUUGCUGGUUUGUAUGUCUGUUUUUAGCUAAGUAAAUAACAAAGGGCUCAUUAAGUUGUGGAAUUAUAUUUCUUCAUUAUUUGACAUUCUUACAGUAGAAACCACAAAUAAUAAGAAUACUAAAGUUAUUCAUUUAGGGAAAAUAACAUUGUUUCAUAUUUGUAGCUUCUUUGAAUUAUUAUGUUUAAGUCGAUAUUUUGGCUUUUAAGCUCAAAGCACCAACACUAAAUAUCCUCCGUGCCGUCUAACACCACUCCUGAUUCAUUCUCUUUUAACUUGUUAACUGUGAAUGUGUCAAUUAUACAAACAUUGAUCUCUGAUGUUCUCCAAUAUCCACUGUAGAAGUUUUGUUAUGAUCUUUUUCAAGUAGACCCAAAAGCCAGACCGGAAAACAGGGUGGUGGGUAAAAGGGGUAUUUAUUGAAGUGAGGUUGGUGAGGCUUGAAUGAGAGGCUGGGUGGUGAGGCGCUGGAGCUCGAUGGUUGGAGGCACAAGGGAAAAAAGAAGACGAGGGAUAAUUAGUGACAGGUAAUUCCAAAGCACAAAAAGUCUUAUUGAUUCUGAAAAGCCAAUCUACCACGGUGUAGGCAAAAAUAAACACGCAGUUUGGGAGAGGUGAACCAGGAUCUAAAUGCUGCAGCCGGUGAGAGAGCUCCAGCAGCAAAUAAGCCACACCCAGCCUCUGAAAGAAAAAAACACAAGCACCAAACCAAAAAGCAGACCAGGAAAAAUACACAAAAAUGUCCAAUCACCACAAGCUUGAUAUCAUUAUUUGAAAAGUAGUUGUGAAAGCCAGCAGGUGUUAGGUAUCCUCUGCUUUUUAUUUUAUUUUAUUAUUUUUGCAAUUGUCUAACUAACCUGUCUGACCAGAUCGGAAAAUAUUCAGGGCAAUGUUUUGUAUUCUGUUCCUGAUGACGUCAUUUUGGUUUUGUUUGGCCACUAGCUGCAAGGACGUAGGUGUGGCAUCCUAAAUAUCAGGAGCAUUUUACAGCAGGCGGUGUUAUCACUUGCGUCCUCUGAUAACCUAUGGUCCUCAAAUGAUUAAUGAGCUCACUUUUUCUUUUGCUUUAUUUUCUCAUUGUACCCACAGAUUGCCUCUGUUCUACAAGAGCUUCAUUCUGCCAAGAUGCUCUCCACAUUUAAUCAACAACAUCUAAAGCGUGUUAUAUACCUUUUGUGUAUUUGUGCCUUAGUUGUGCUGUCCAUGUACUCAACUAAGUUAAAUUUACAUUCCUACAUACCUCGGCACAAUUGUGCAUGUAAAAAAUGUUUAACAGAUAAAGAUCCUGGGUUCCAGACGUUUCUCGAUGCCGCUCCUGUGCCUUUUUUAUCAAGAAACUAUAUAAUUGCAAAGGAUGCUUUCAACUGGUGGAAGGGCAUACAGUAUGAAAGUCGCAGCAAAGAAUACUUGAAUACGUUAUUGGACAAGUUGUUUGACAUCAUCCCGCCUCCAGCAGUUGUAGAAGCCAGUCCUGAGCGUUGCAGGUCUUGUGCCGUGGUGGGGAACUCUGGUAAUUUGAAGGGAUCACAUUAUGGCGGUCUUAUAGACUUCCAUGAUAUUGUAAUAAGAAUGAACAGAGGCCGUACCAAAGGCUAUGAGGAAGAUGUUGGGACCAAAACAACUCAUCAUGUCAUGUAUCCGGAAAGUGCGAUCAACUUGGACAACACCACUCAUCUUGUGCAUUUUCUAUUCAAGAUAAAGGAUUUGGAGUGGCUCCUCAAAGCUUUGCAAACAGAGGGAAACGCGAAAAAGAUAGCGAACAAGGAUUUGGUGAUGGUCUUCAAUCCAGCUUUUAUGAAAUAUACGUAUGAUCUAUGGCUGCAUAAAAAGGGAAGGUACCCUUCUACCGGCUUUAUGACUUUGAUUCUCAGCCUGCAUAUUUGUGAUGAGGUCAAUGUGUUUGGAUUUGGAGCGGACAAAGAUGGAAACUGGAAUCAUUACUAUGAAAUACUUCAAAACAAAAACUUCAAAACUGGACCUCAUCCAGGAAAUGCUGAAUACGAGAUGAUUUUGCAGCUAGCACAGAACAAGAAAAUACACAUGUUUAAAGGAGCUUAAUUUGAUUAUCUUUUUUUUUCUUGGUCUCUUUCUGUCUUUGUUGAGCGUAUUAACAUGGACAGCAUCGAAGGCAUGAAGAGCCUCGAGAAUAGAAUUGAAAAAAAAAAAUUGAAGUGGAUCAGCGCUCCGGCAUUUUCGUCGUUAUUCCUUCAGCAGAUGAGUGUGCUCCCCAUUUUAAAUUUCCCCUCUAGUUUUGAAUAUUCCCAUCGUGUUGAACAGUUUGCUCCUUUCCAUCAAUACACAUAAUGGUGAAUUCACAUGGAAUGGAUUGCAGCUGCUGAUCAGACCAUUAGUUUAUUGAUGGAUCAUUUAUUUAUAGGGCACCCAGAAGGGGUAUUGUUGUCCCGAUCAAUGGAUGGUUUGAGCAUGACAUCCUUCAUAAAUACUGUUAACCUUUUACAUGUGCUUUGUGAGUUAGACCAUGUCUUUUUAUUUUUUUUUAGCACAGGUUAAGCAGGAGCCAAAACUGUGCAAUCCUUUUGAGAAUUAGGCCAUUGUCCACUUUUUACAUGUGGAUAAUGAAUUUAGAUAGGCCCCCCUGUCCUCCUGACAAACCAUGCUGCAUGUUAUAACUGGAAAUGUUUCAUAAGCUGAAAAAUCAAGCAAAACUGGUAUUACAGUGUCUGAAACGAAGAGCAGUGAUUAAUUUGUGCGUGGCAAUAGGAUAUAUUAAACACUGUGUGCAUGGGCCAGUGAAAUCCUCUGAAGAAUCCAGUUAGUCUUGAUGCUUCCGAUGCACGCCCCUUAUGUUUAUUCGGUUAUGCUUACGUGAUAAAAUAUCUUAUCUUAUCUAAUAUCUAAAACUGGGGAACAGGACAAUGCAGAAAGAACAAAUAUUCACGAUCGUUCUUUGAGGACAUACAAAGCUCCUUGACAUGACGUAAAACAGAAGACUACUAUCCCCCUUUUUUCUCAUGACCAACGUGUAUAUAAGAAAGAGGAGUGAAUCCUGCUGUAACUUGCAAAUUCACUCCUGAAGCUAAGUUACCUUCAGAAAUGUUUGUAUUGAACACUUGCAUUAGCAAUGGCUUUACCUAUUUAUUUAUUUUUGGCCUUUGUUACUAUUUUUUAUUUUAUUUUAUUAUUAUUAUGUGAACCAUAAUGUUGUUUGUGAGAUCUGUUAGAAGGAGACUCUGUUUGAAGAUGGCAAGGACCAUUGCAAUCGUCCACUUUUGAAACUUGUGUUGUCUUAUUACAGUAAUAUGUAAGUGUCACAGAAUAUUAUUCAUGAAGGCUUUAUAUGAAUGUAGGAAAGGUAGGUUAUGGUACUGAAUGAAAUUGUGAAAUUAAAUAAAAUGAUAUUUGAUACAAUAUACAA